CUAGCGCGGGGAGAUGCAAUACUACUCAAGUUAUGGGGUCUGCAGCGAUAGCACGAGAGACCUGGAGGACGCGCGGUCAAACCUGGCUGCUUUCUCCGGGUUCUCCAGUUCUGCCCCGCCCCUUCCCUGCGGCCCUGCGUGCUUCUGGGGGCGGGGCCUUGCACGUCGUGACGCACCGCGGCCGCGUUGCGCCGCGGGUUUGAUGAACGCGGUUCCCGGGGAGACCGCUGUGGUUGCGGUGUACUAUGGAGCCGAGGGUCGUCAAGCCUCCGGGGCAGGAUUUAGUAGUGGAGCGUCUCAAAAGCCGCUACGGACUCGGGGGCAGCUGCGGGGACGAGGUGAUUUGGAUAUCUACUCUGGAGAUAAAGUUGAUUCAUCAUUAAAAUAUUCUGAUGAAAGCAAGCAUUGUAGAACACCAUUGUGCAGCUUAUUCAAGCGCGUAAAUGUGAAUUGCCUAGAUGAUGAACUGGAUUCUUUCCAUGAUUUGAAGAAACAGGAAACAGAAGAAGAGUUAAUUGAAAAUGAUUAUAGAGUUAGUACCUCCAAAAUAACCAAGCAAUCUUUUAAAGAAAUAGAAAAAGUUGCCCUGCCAACUAAUACGCCCUCAUGGAGACCUCGGACUGAGUGUUGUAGUGAUGCAGGUGACUCUCCUUUGAAACUUGUCAGCUGUCCCAAAUCUAAAGCAUCAGACAAGCGGAGUUUACUUCCACAUCAGAUCAGUCAGAUAUAUGACGAAUUAUUUCAGAUACAUCUGAAACUGCAGUGUGAAACUGCAGCACAACAGAAGUUUGCUGAAGAACUUCAAAAGCGAGAACGUUUUUUACUUGAAAGAGAACAGCUGCUUUUCAGACAUGAAGAUGCCUUGAGUAAAAUUAAAGGUGUGGAAGAAGAGGUUCUUACAAGAUUUCAAAUUAUGAAAGAGCAACAUGAUGCAGAAGUUGAACACUUAACUGAAAUUCUUAAAGAAAAGAAUAAAGAAACCAAGAGACUGAGGUCCUCUUUUGAUGCAUUGAAAGAAUUGAAUGAUACCUUAAAAAAACAGUUGAAUGAAGCAAGUGAGGAAAACAGGAAGAUGGACAUUCAGGCGAAAAGAGUUCAAGCUCGUUUAGAUAAUUUACAGAGGAAGUACGAGUUUAUGACAAUACAGAGAUUGAAAGGAAGUUCCCAUGCUGUUCAUGAAAUGAAAAGUUUAAAACAAGAAAAAGCACCAGUUUCAAAAACUUACAAGGUACCACUUAAUGGGCAAGUUUAUGAACUUUUAACUGUCUUCAUGGACUGGAUUUCGGAUCAUCAUCUUAGCAAAGUGAAACAUGAAGAAUCUGGAAUGGAUGGUAAAAAACCACAACUCAAAUUCGCUUCCCAGAGAAAUGAUAUUCAGGAGAAGUGUGUAAAGCACUCGACUAUGACAUCAACAUUGAGGAGACUGGGCGAAGACAUUUUUAAAGGAGUGGUACCUAAAGGAAUUCAGGAUAGUUCACCACAGCGUUCUGUGGAGAAUAAACCAAAGACAGCUGCUUUCUUUAAGAGCUCCAGUUUGCCAUUGAGAUUUUUAUCAACCUUAAUUGUUCUCAAAACAGUCACUCAAGCUGAUUACCUGGCUCAGGCAUUCGAUUCUCUUUGUUUGGACUUGAAGACAGAAGAAGGAAAAACCUUGUUUUUGGAGUAUCAAGCUGUUCCAGUAAUAUUAAGUCAUCUAAGAAUAUCCAGUAAAGGAUUGCUGUCUAAUGUUAUUGACAGUUUGCUCCAGAUGACGGUGGAAUCUAGUCAUCCUCCAUGCCCUUCUGGUAUGCACAUGUCUCUUCAUUUUCUUCUCAGGCCUCCUCUUUCUCUCUCUCUUGCCAUCUCUCUAAGUUAUUGAAAUUCUUGAAAUCCUAAGCUGGCCUGGCACUGAGAAGUAAGCACCUAAGAGCGUCAGUCUUCCCUAGAUAGAUGGAACUGUGCGCAGAUCUGGGACUGCUGAAAGGGUGUGAGGUAGGGGUUUAAGGAUGGCGCAAGUAGGGUGGGGUUAAAAAAGACCUUGUCAUCUUUAAAUAAUAGCAUCAAGAUUAAACUUGGUACUGAAUUCAGCAGUGUUCAUUUCUUAUUUUCCACUGUAUUUCGUUUCAACCCAUCCUCUAUAUUUUAUGAGCGAAAGCCUUUAAGGUGUGAUACAGCUUUCAAAUUCUUGAAAUUUGUCCAAGAAAUACUUUGUAUCAUGAGGUCUGCAGUUAUUUAUACAAAUCCCUGAAAAUAUUUCAUGGCAAAUCUGUAGCUCCCAGUUGAGAUGAGACCAAACUGGAAAAAUCUCUGUGGCUGUGAUUAUUGUCAGUUCUGUAAGAUGAAGAUGGGACCAGUGACAAGAAUGUGCACUGUUUACUGAGCAGUCACCUGCACAGGGCCAUGUGCUUUUCAGACAUUGCCUCUUUCAGUUUUGAGCAGAAUGCCAGUUGUGCCAUCCCUGACAUAUAGAUGAGAUGAAGAUCCAGACAUAACCAGCAAGGGCAGGGCUGGGAUACGAUCCAUGUGUGCUUGAUUCCCAGGGCUCAUGUGUGCAGCUUUCUCUCCACGAUGGUUUGCCUUAGUGAGGAGAGGAUUCAGGAUGUUCAGUUUCAACCGCACUGGCUGGGCUGGAAUCUUUGUUGACCCUUCCAUUCUACAUUCCUCCCUGGCCGGGGAGGCUCACUCGAGUGGGCUUCUUGCUGGGCUUGGCCAGUGGGUGUUGCCAUCAGGAGAUGACAGGGCAUCUGCUUCUCCAGGGCAUCCCUGAGGGCACAGUGCUCUGUGACUCCAGGGUCUGCCCCUCAUGGUUUCUUUAAACCUCACUCCUCUCUUUGUGAACAGCCCCUUCAUAAAUUACCCACCUCGGCCAGGCGCGGUGGCUCACGCCUGUAAUCCCAGCACUUUGGGAGGCCAAGGCAGGCGGAUCACGAGGUCAGGAGAUCGAGA